GUGUGGUGGGGUAGCAGGGAGAAAGAGAACGAAGGGGGAGAGAGAGAGACAGAAACAGAGAAGAGGGCGGACGCAGUGCAGUAAGAGCAGAUGGGCGGACCCAAAUUUCUUCUGCUUCACGAUUUUGCAGAGGUCUAGCCCUGCAUCCAGCCUUGAAGCAAGGGGUGGGGAGGAGACGGAAAGGGGAGGGAGUGCACUCCCUCUGAGCAUGCUAGCCCCGACUGCCUGACGGAUCACCCUUCAGCUCCAACAUGGCUAGCUCCUCAACGCCCUGACUCAAGCCUAUUGUGCCAGGCAGGGCGCACUCAGCAGUGCAGCCCCACAGGUGGCAGCGGCUUGGCGAGAGGGCUCCCGCCAGGCUAGGCAGUGGAGUGCCGCACAGCCCGCCUUCCCGCCUCCCAGCCGCCACCCAAGCAGUUCCGACCCAGCGCCAACAGGCCUGCUUGGUCGAUCUUCGAGCCAAAGAUGCGGCGAGGCUGGAAGAUGGCUCUGUCUGGGGGGCUGCGGUGCUGCCGCCGGGUACUGUCCUGGGUGCCAGUGCUCGUUAUUGUCCUCGUCGUGCUCUGGUCCUACUAUGCCUACGUCUUUGAACUCUGCCUGGUGACUGUUUUGAGCCCAGCAGAAAAAGUUGUCUACCUCAUACUCUACCAUGCCAUCUUUGUGUUCUUUACCUGGACCUACUGGAAGUCUAUCUUUACACUCCCACAGCAGCCAAACCAGAAGUUCCACUUGUCCUACACAGACAAGGAGCGCUAUGAAAAUGAAGAGAGACCUGAGGUCCAGAAGCAGAUGCUUGUUGAUAUGGCCAAAAAGCUACCAGUUUACACAAGAACUGGAAGUGGAGCUGUACGAUUCUGUGACCGGUGCCAUCUGAUCAAGCCAGACCGCUGCCACCACUGCUCUGUCUGUGCCAUGUGUGUGUUAAAAAUGGAUCAUCACUGCCCCUGGGUUAAUAACUGCAUUGGAUUUUCCAACUACAAAUUCUUCCUUCAAUUCUUAGCUUACUCUGUUCUCUACUGCCUGUACAUUGCUACAACAGUCUUCAGCUAUUUCAUCAAAUACUGGAGAGGGGAAUUACCCAGUGUUCGCUCUAAGUUCCAUGUCCUUUUUCUCCUCUUUGUGGCCUGCAUGUUUUUUGUCAGCCUUGUGAUUCUCUUUGGUUACCAUUGUUGGCUUGUCAGCAGAAACAAAACCACCUUAGAGGCCUUCUGCACUCCAGUGUUUACAAAUGGCCCAGAGAAAAAUGGGUUCAACCUUGGCUUCAUCAAGAAUAUCCAGCAGGUGUUUGGAGAUAAGAAGAAGUUCUGGCUAAUACCUAUUGGGUCCAGCCCUGGUGAUGGACACUCCUUCCCUAUGAGGUCUAGGAAUGAGUCACAGGACCCAUUGCUAGCAAAUGAAGAACACUGGGAAGACAAUGAGGAUGACAACCGAGGUUAUCCAGAAGGCUCGUCAUCUCUUGCUGUGGAAACAGAAACAUAGCAGUUUUCAUAUUUCCCGCAUCUCUCAGACAGGACUCACCAUCUUCGUCUCCCAUGAAGCUUACAGAGUUCAGUGUUGGAAAUCAUUGUAAUCUUCAAAAUAAGUCACCAUGUUGGACUGAAAGCUUCAAAAUUUGAAAGAAUUCCAUCAAAUACUUGCUGUGCAAAUGUUUCUGGACCUUACAUUAUUUAAUUUGCUGACCAAAAUCCAAUUCGGUAUUUGGUAGCAGUUAAUUCAAGCCAGUUUUUUUUUUGUUUGUUUCUUCAUUUCCCCUGCCCCAAUCCAUGAAAGCCUAAAUGUAAAAUAUAUCUUUUCAUUCAUCAUAUCAGGUAAAAGAGAAUUCAGAAAA